UGGUGUUGAGAUGGGACCCGACCAACGGUGCCAACUACACCAGGUCGUACAGCCAGGUCCAGCAAAGCAUCGUCGAGAAUCUUCAGAACAAAACUCUCAAAGUCACCAGCAUCCUUGCCGCCCCUUACAAUAUGCUGAGGGAGACGUCAGAGCAGAUGGCUGGUAACGACCGCUACGAGGGCUUCUGUGUCGACCUCAUCCAGGAGAUCUCUCAGGUGCUGGGCUUCAACUACACCAUCAGGAUCGCAGCCGACGGCUUCCAUGGAAAGUAUGAUGAUAAGACGAGAAGAUGGGACGGCAUGGUUGGUGAACUGUUGGAUGAAAAAGCUGACUUGGCCAUCGGCGACCUGACCAUCACGUACGAGCGUGAGCAAGUAGUGGACUUCACCAUGCCAUGGAUGAACCUUGGCAUCACAAUACUCUACCGGAAGCCCACGAAGAAACCUCCCAACUUGUUCAGCUUCCUGUCACCAUUGUCCCUGGAUGUGUGGCUGUACAUGGCCACAGCGUACCUCGGUAUCUCUCUCCUCCUCUUUGUGUUAGCAAGGUUAAGUCCCUAUGAAUGGAUCGCAUCUUAUCCAUGCAGGCAAGAGGAAGACAGAAGUAUGGAAAAUCAGUUUAAUCUCUUCAAUUCACUCUGGUUUACAAUGGGAAGUUUACUACAGCAAGGCACUGAGCAGCAGCCCAAAGCUGUGUCUACCCGCAUCGUUGCUGGCAUCUGGUGGUUCUUCACACUCAUAAUGAUAUCUUCCUACACUGCCAACUUGGCCGCCUUCCUCACCGUGGAGCGCAUGGAGUCGCCCAUCGAGUCUGCCGAAGACUUGGCCAAACAAACCAGGAUCAAGUACGGUUCCCUUUACGGCGGCUCCACCUGGGAUUUUUUCGCUAAUUCCAAGUUGCCAACUUACCAGCGAAUGUUUAGCUUCAUGGAAUCUCAAAAUCCUUCCGUUUACACCAAGUCAAAUGAGGAAGGAGUUAAGAGAGUUCAAAAAGGCGAUGGGCAGUACGCAUUCAUGAUGGAAUCCUCCAGUAUUGAGUACAUCACUGAGAGGUACUGUGACCUCACUCAGGUUGGGGGACCUCUCGACUCCAAGAGCUACGGUAUAGCUCUUCCUCCAGGAUCACCGUACCGGACGUUGCUCAACUCUGCGGUGCUCAAGUUGCAGGAGGUUGGCAGACUACACACUCUCAAGCGCAAGUGGUGGAAGGAGAAACGAGGUGGAGGUACCUGCCAGGACGACGAGUCUAAGAGCUCUUCAAAAGCCAACGAACUUGGUCUCAACAACGUGGGAGGUGUCUUUGUAGUGCUCCUCGCUGGUAUGGGUCUGGCCUCCGUUGUAGCCGUCUGCGAGUUUGUUUGGAAAUCAAGAAAGCUUGCCGCUGAAGAACAUGCUUCCGUUUGGACAGAAAUGAGCAAGGAAAUUAAAUUUGCUGUCUCUUGUGAGUCGUCGUCCAGCCGGUGAGAAAGAAGCCACCAGAGCAAGAGAACGGUCCCUCCUUCCUCUCCAUGAAAACUUAUGACCCAGCCUUCACCGCCUCUCAGCAUUCCUUCUCA